UGCAGUUCGGAAUAUGCCAGGUCCCACCCUCCCAGAGGCGGGGCCGGGACUGAGUCCUGCCAGCCUCAUUUCUCCAUCCCUCUGAGAACCUAGACAGGGGCAGAGCCUGGGUAGGAGAGCCUGGCCCUGCUGUCCCCACUGGGUGGAGACAGCAUGCACUUGGUCCACUUGUGCUCUUCAGCCAGGACACCAGACAUGGUCCAAACCCCUGCAGGGCUGGCUGCAGCAACUCCCUGACACUCAGGAAGGCCCAGGCUGGGCAGGCAAUACCUGCUCCCAACAGCUAUGCAUGCCAGCUGCCGCUCCAGGACUCCCCUGUCCCCAGGACCAAGAUGACGCCCAACAGCACUGGCGAGGUGCCCAGCCCCAUUCCCAAGGGGGCUUUGGGGCUCUCCCUGGCCCUGGCAAGCCUCAUCAUCACCGCGAACCUGCUGCUAGCCCUGGGCAUCGCCUGGGACCGCCGCCUGCGCAGCCCGCCUGCUGGCUGCUUCUUCCUGAGCCUGCUGCUGGCUGGGCUGCUCACGGGUCUGGCGUUGCCCACGUUGCCAGGGCUGUGGAACCAGAGUCGCCGGGGUUACUGGUCCUGCCUCCUCGUCUACUUGGCUCCCAACUUCUCCUUCCUCUCCCUGCUCGCCAACCUCUUGCUGGUGCACGGGGAGCGCUACAUGGCAGUCCUGAGGCCACUCCAGCCCCCUGGGAGCAUUCGGCUGGCCCUGCUUCUCACCUGGGCUAGUCCCCUGCUCUUUGCCAGUCUGCCCGCUCUGGGGUGGAACCACUGGACCCCUGGUGCCAACUGCAGCUCCCAGGCUAUCUUCCCAGCCCCCUACCUGUACCUCGAAGUCUAUGGGCUCCUGCUGCCCGCCGUGGGUGCUGCUGCCUUCCUCUCUGUCCGCGUGCUGGCCACUGCCCACCGCCAGCUGCAGGACAUCUGCCGACUGGAGCGGGCAGUGUGCCGCGAUGAGCCCUCGGCCCUGGCCCGGGCCCUUACCUGGAGGCAGGCAAGGGCGCAGGCUGGAGCCAUGCUGCUCUUCGGGCUGUGCUGGGGGCCCUACGUGGCCACACUGCUCCUCUCAGUCCUGGCCUAUGAGCAGCGCCCGCCACUGGGGCCUGGGACUCUGUUGUCCCUCCUCUCCCUGGGAAGUGCCAGUGCAGCGGCAGUGCCCGUGGCCAUGGGGCUGGGUGAUCAGCGCUACACAGCCCCCUGGAGGGCAGCCGCCCAAAGCUUCCUGCAGGGGCUGCGGGGAAGAGCCUCCCGGGACAGUCCCGGCCCCAGCAUUGCCUACCACCCAAGCAGCCAAAGCAGCGUCGACCUGGACUUGAACUAAAGGAAGGGCCUCUGCUGACUCCUACCAGAGCAUCCGUCCAGCUCAGCCAUCCAGCCUGUCUCCACUGGGCCCCACUUCUCUGGAUCAGAGACCCUGCCUCCGUUUGACCCCACACUGACUGAAUAAACCUCCUCUGGCAGUUUAUGAUUAUCUCAUUCCAUAUCUCAGGGCGAGGCAGGAGGAAAUGGCUCAA